AUGUCAAAGGCAGAUAAUAAAUUCAAAAACAAGAAAGAAUAAAAGAGAAAGAAUUCUGAGGAGCUAAGUCAGAGAAAUGACAAAAAGAAAAGUCGGAAAGAGUUGAUGUCAAAGAUCAAGAGAUGAGGUUAAUGCUGACUUUAAGGCUGCUUCACUUACCCAAGAUAUUAUGGAGCGGAGAAGGAUGCAAACUGAGACACUUUCUGCUGUAUUUCAAACAUUCUUUCGCAUCUUGAAGCAUGCUAUGCAGUCAAUUGCAGCCAGGUCUGAAGGGAUUUCGAGCUCAUCAGCUGGUGCAUCUGGGGGUCACCCAUUACUUGCUCCUUGUUUAAAUGGAAUUGGAAAGUUCUCUCAUCUAAUUGACUUGGACUUUAUGGGUGAUCUCAUAAGUUAUCUGAGAAAGCUUUCUGGAGGAGGCAGCAGCUCAGAUGGUUCUUCAGAGAAUUUUUUGAAACAGUUGACUGUAUCUGAACGUCUGCGAUGUUGCAUUGUCGCUUUUAAAGUGAUGAGAAACAAUCUUGAUGCCUUAAAUGUUGAUUUACAGGACUUCUUUGUUCAGCUUUACAGUAUUAUACUGGAGUACAGGCCAGGAAGGGAUCAAGGUGAAGUAUUAGCUGAAGCUCUGAAGAUAAUGUUGUGUGAUGAUAGACAAAAUGACAUGCAAAGGGCUGCUGCGUUUAUAAAGCGUUUAGCCACAUUCUCUUUAUGCUUUGGAUCUGCAGAGUCCAUGGCUGCCUUGGUGACUGUAAAACAUCUUCUUCAGAAAAAUGUCAAGUGCCGGAACCUAUUAGAAAAUGAUGCUGGAGGGGGGUCGGUUUCAGGUCCCAUUGCGAAGUAUCAACCUUAUGCCUCAGACCCAAAUCUUAGUGGUGCCCUAGCUUCAGUUCUUUGGGAACUCAACCUUCUGUCUAAGCAUUAUCAUCCAACUGUUUCAACACUAGCGUCAACCAUUUCAACGUUGAGCACUGCUCAGAACCAGGUUUAUCAUUCCAAUGUGUCACCUCAACAAGCUUUCAUGGAGUUAUCGCUCGAACAUGAGCCGUUCGAUCUGAAGGUUGACAUAGAGAAACCAAAUCAUAAAAGGAGAAGAGGAAGCGGGUCUUCUGUGGCUAAUAGUAGCGGAACGAAUCCUGGUAUAACAGAUUGGACUGAUGAAGAUACGGUGAGGAAGAGACUUUCUGAGCAUUUCUCACUUAUUCAUGAUAUAAGUGAAAAUAAGAGAUUGAGGGGUGAGUUGGAUCGUACAACGUGGUCAUUGCAAUUAUAUGAACAGUAUAAGAAGCAAAAGAAAACAAAACAAAAUGGCUCAAAACCAUUGAAAAUGAAAUAGAUCUAGCUUAUUUGUUCCAAAGUGAAAUUUUGAUGUGUUAAUUUUUCUUUUUUCUUUUUUCUUUUUAUUUCCCUCCCCCUAUAAAGGGUAUAGUUCUGUUACUGGAACUUUAGUGUUCAUUUGUUCCAAGGAUUUUGUGGUCUUCAAUGGGACUUCUUUAUAGUAUUUGAAUUGUUGAAGAAGCCAUUGAACCCUUGAAAAUUCAUUCCUUUCAUUUGAUAA